GUUUUGACCGAUUUAUKGCCUAGCUCGGCCACCUGUUUUAUCGCCACUCUAGGGCAGUGACCCUUCACAACUUGAAGCAGGUUUCGCUACUAUCAUGAGCCAUGCCAGUUAGCUACAGUGUGAUGGUAAUUAUGUCUGCUAAAUAUUGCUAAAACCUCAGAUAUUUCCUCACCUAGGAUCUAUUGGAGAGUGUGUCAGUGGCAAAGGCCMAUUGCCGUMAAACAACUGGCAUUUUCCUGUGCUAAAAGAGCUCAUUGACAUGAAAAAGCUAUACGUACUUAACAAGGUAUUGUACAGCCUGGCCCUCGUCACWAUCGUUAAUGGUAUUUCGGUACCAAAACCAAAAGGUCAGCCUGUAUGGGGGUACUGGGAGUGUGUGACUGGAAUCGAACUUUCUGUCCUUACCGCUGGAAAAAAUCGCGCGAUUUAUUCCAGUGUCCUAUCGAUGCAAAUGGUUUUCUACAAUUCCAAACAUAAAGACUUUAAAGAAGCUGCCAAUGAGACUGAUGGCUUACUAAUCGUUUCAUCAUUGUUUACUCCUUACGGUGGACCAACAUACUAUGUAAACCCUACUUUAGAAAGGCUUGUAGCAAUGCUACCAAACAUCACCCAACCAGGAUCGUAUGUGAUGUUAAACAAUGAUGCCAGAAUAGAGCUGACAAAACUAGUCCCAGAGCUCACACGGCCGUACCCCUACUACUUUACUUAUAARGGGUCUUUAACUACACCACCUUGUUACGAGUCAGUCACGUGGGUUGUACUCAAAGAAAAACUCACAAUUUCAAUGGACCAGUUGGAACAGUUCAAGAGCCUGAAAAAUCGCCAUGGAUUUUCACAAUGUGAUAACGCAAGACCAACCCAGCCAGUUAAUAACAGAGAAAUAACAAAGAAUUUCAAUCCAUAUUAGAAAAACUCACUUGUACAUAGCCAUAUAACAAUCUCUUGUUCAAGGCGUAAGAGAUCACUAAGCACUGCUGCUUUGUCURCUAUCAAAACGAUCUUAGAAUUUGUUUUUUUAGACGGCCUUACAACCAAUGAAAGGACAAGAUUCAUUUUAUUAUUGAAGCCAAAUAGCUCUCAGCAUUUGGUAAAAAAAUGGAUGAGCUUCGCAUUAUUCAAAAACUUGCACAAACCGCUUAGCACAAGCAGCACAGGCAAAAAGGCGCAGCGAGAUAGGUAUUGCGGCACCGGGAACUGGAAAGAAACAAAAAGGAAAUAAAACUGGACAAUUCUUCGUUUUC